GCUCCGCUCCGGGGGUGGCACCGGCGCCGCUGCCCCGCCAUGGCCGGGCUCCUGCCGCUGCUGCUGCUGCUGCUGCUGCUGCGGGCGGGCCCCGGGGCCGGCGCCUCCAAGGACGAUUGUGCCUCCAGGCUGUUCACGUUGGGCGGGGAGUGCUGCCGGCUCUGCAACGUGGGCGAGGGCGUGGUGCAGCCCUGCGGGGUCAACCAGACGGUGUGCGAGCCCUGCCUGGACAGCGUCACCUUCUCGGACACGGCCAGCGCCACGGAGCCGUGCAAGCCGUGCACGCAGUGCGAGGGGCUGCAGAGCAUGUCGGCGCCCUGCGUGGAGACCGACGACGCCGUGUGCCGCUGCGCCUACGGCUACUUCCAGGACGAGAGCAGCGGCAGCUGCCGCGAGUGCCGCGUCUGCGAGGUCGGCUUCGGGCUCAUGUUCCCCUGCAAGGACUCGCAGGACACCGUGUGCGAGGAGUGCCCCGAGGGCACCUUCUCCAGCGAGGCCAACUUCGUGGACCCCUGCCUGCCCUGCACCACCUGCGAGGACAACGAGGUGCUGGUGCGCGAGUGCACGGCCGUGGCGGACGCCGAGUGCCGGGGGCUCCACCCUCGCUGGACCACGCCUGCCCCGUCCCUGGGGGGCUCCGAGAGCCCCGAGGCCACCAGGGAGCCGCCGAGCACCGAGGGCGGGCCCAGCACCGCGGCCGACACGGCCACGACCGUCAUGGGCAGCUCGCAGCCCGUGCUCACCCACGGCACCAGCGACAACCUCAUCCCCGUCUACUGCUCCAUCCUGGCCGCCGUGGUGGUGGGGCUGGUGGCCUACAUCGCCUUCAAGAGGUGGAACAGCUGCAAGCAGAACAAGCAAGGCGCCAACAACCGCCCGGUGAACCAGACGCCGUCCCCCGAGGGCGAGAAGCUGCACAGCGACAGCGGCAUCUCCGUGGACAGCCAGAGCCUGCACGAGCAGCAGCCGCCCGGGCAGGGCACCCAGGGGCCAGCAGCCCCCAAGGCGGACGGCAGCCCGUACUCAGCGCUGCCGGCCAGCAAGCAGGAGGAGGUGGAGAAGCUGCUGGGCAGCUCUGCCGAGGACACGUGGCGGCAGCUGGCGGGGGAGCUGGGCUACAAGGAGGAGCUGAUCGAGUCCUUCACGCGCGAGGAGGCCCCGGCGCGGGCGCUGCUGGCGCACUGGGCCGGCCGCGAGUCGGCCACGCUGGACGCGCUCCUGGCCGCCCUGCGCCGCCUGCAGCGCGGCGACAUCGCCGACAGCCUGGCCAGCGACUCCACCGCCACCUCCCCGGUGUGAGGGCCGGCCCGGGGGGCUGAGCCUGCCCGGUGCCGGGGGGAGGCGCCGGGGUCACCCCCGAGCAGCUCCCGGUGCCCUGAUGGUGUUGGGGGGCUCGGCCCCACCUUGAUCUCGAAUCCCGGCACCGGGGGGAGGCGAUGGGGUCACCCCCGAGCAGCUCCCGUUCCCCGGUGUUGGGGGGCUCGGCCCCACCUUGAUCACAAUGAUCACAAAUCCCGGCUCCAGGGGCAGGCGCUGGGGUCACCCCCGAGCAGCUCCCGGUGCCCUGAUGGUGUUGGGGGGCUCGGCCCCACCUUGAUCCCGAAUCCCGGCACUGGGGAGAGGUUGUGGGGUCACCCCGAGCGCCCCAGUGCAGGUCCCAGUCCCCGGUGUUGGGGAGCUCAGCCCCGCCUGAUCCCAAAGCUGGGGGGUCGUGGUGGGGUCACCCCCGAGCAGGUCCUGGCACUGGUGCUGGCCCCUGAUGGUGUUGGAGGGGCUCAGCCCCACCCUGAUCACAAAUCCCGGCUGUGGGAAAGACGGACAGAUGGACAGAUGGACAGAUGGACAGAUGGACACGGAGAGACCGCCGUGCUCUCAGCCCUCACCUCUCCUCUCCUCCCUUCCAGCUCCUUCUCUCCCCAGGGCUCCUCUUCCUCCUGUUCCCCUCCAGCGCUCCCAAAUCCGGCUGCUUUUACCCCAAAACGGGGGAAGGACAGGGCUGGGGUGCCCUGGAGCAGCUGCCCCAGGAUUUGGGGGCUCAGAGGGGCUGGGGAGCAGACCCGGCUCCCUACACUGUGAAAUUUGGGGUGCGGCCUCCCCACAGCUCUUCAGGGAUUUGGGGGAGCAGCCGGGGCCACCCCGGACACUGAGGAGCAGAUUUUGGGGUGCUACGGCUCCCAUGGGGGCUGCAGGGGACACCGAGGGGACACUGAGGGGACACCAAAGGGACACUGAAGGUGGAAAGCGCUGACCAAGUGCCUGUCCCCGGGGACACCUCCAGGGCUCUGCUCCUCCCUCCUGCCCUGUCCCCGUGUCCCCGAGCUGCAGGGACCAGGCCGAGGCCACCCUGCCACCAUUGCACUGUCCCUGAGCUGGGCCAGGCCACCACUGCCCUGUCCCCGCUGUCCCCACCCUGCUGAAAGGGCUCCUGCUGUGCCAGCACUGUGAAGGGCUCGGGAAUGUCCCUCUGCCCCCGGGGUGACAUUCGGGGAGGUGACAUCACUCCAAGGACAUUUUGGGGGCGUUUCAGCCCCAGCUGGGUGAGCUGGAGCUGCCACUGGCCUGGGGAAUGUCCCUUGAGCUGCCACCAGCCUCAGGAUGUCCCCUGGGCUGUCACUGGCCUGGAGACGUCCCCUGAGUGGUCACCGGUCCAGGGAGUGUCCCCUGAGAUGCCACCAAGCUUCUGGCAAUGUCCCCAACGCCCCCAGCCAGGUGUGGCCGUCCCUGCCCUCUGGAUUCAUCCCAAAAUUCCUCCCCGAUGGCAAAAUGGGAUUUUUUUCCCAGAACGGAAUUUUUUCCAGAAUGGGUAUUUUCCAGAACGGGAUUUUUCCCAGAACGGGAUUUUUCCCAGAAUGGGAUUUUUGGGCCCUCCCAGAGGAGAGAUCUGUAAAUAGGAUUUGGUGUUUGACCCAGUGCUCGGUGUCACCCUCUGGGGACAGCCCUGUCCCCUCCCCACUUCCAGCUGGGAAUUCCCAUCCCAACCCUUUGGUCCCCCCUCGUUUCUGGCCUUAAAGGCUCCACGGGGAGGCCCCAAAAUCCCACAGCAGGGUUGGGAUGAUCCCGGCAGAGCUCGGAGUCUCCAGGGCUGGAGCAGCUUCCAUGGAAUUCCAGAUCCUCCAGAACCUUCUGGAAUUUUCCCUCCCAUUGCACUCUGGGUGAUGGAGAACCAGGCUGGGAUUUGGGAGAUUCCAUCCAAGAUCCCCCAGAACCUUCUGGAAAUUUCCUUCCCAUUGUGCUCUGGGUGACGGAGAACACAGGCUGGGAUUUAGGGAAUUCCAGCACCCAGAUCCUCCAGAACCUUCUGGAAAUUUCCUUCCCAUUAUGCUCUGGGUGAUGGAGAACCAGGCUGGGAUUUAGGGAAUUCCAGCACCCAGCUCCUCCAGAACCUUCUGGAAAUUUCCCUCCCAUUGCACUCUGGGUGAUGGAAAACCCAGGCUGGGAUUUGGGAGAUUCCAGCACCCAGAUCCUCCAGAACCUUCUGGAAAUUUCCUUCCCAUUAUGCUCUGGGUGACGGAGAACACAGGCUGGGAUUUGGGGGAUUCCAGCCAAGAUCCUUUGGGAAGAGCUGGAAGGGCUGAAAAUCCCAAAUCUGCGUCCCAAACUCUUCCCAUCACCCAAAUCCAAGGAAAUUUGCCCCAAAUUUCCAACCCCACUCGCAGUGGGCUGGAAACCCCCAGAUCCUGCCAGACCGAGCCACGCAACGGGAUGGAUUUGGGGUGGAUUUGGGGUGGAUUUGGGAUUAAUCUGGAAUGGAUUUGGGAUGAAUUUGGGGGAUGAGUUUCGGACAGAUUUGAGAUGGAUUUAGGGGAUCCAUUUGGGAUUAGUCUGGAAUGGAUUUGGGAUGGAUUCAGGAUGGAUUUGGGGUGAAUUUAGGGUUCAGGAUUUGGCAUGAAUUUUGGAUUAAUUUGGGGUGGAUUUGGCAUGAAUUUUGCAUGAAUUCGGGAUGGAUUUUGGGUGGAUUUGGCAUCAAUUUGGGAUGGAUUUGAGAUGAAUUUUGGAUUAUUUUCGGAUGAAUUCCAUCACUGGCCACCUUCAGGUGGCUCCCAUUGGUUUGGGAUUUUUGGAAAGUGACCCCAGGACAAGCUGAGGGUGCCUGGAUCGAGGUGCCCAAACCCAAACUGAAUUUCCUGGCAGAGCCAGCCCAGCCCAGCCUCUCCCGCUGGGAAUUCUGUUCCUCAGGACAUCCCUGCCUCACCCUCAGGUUUUCAAAGCCAUGGGAAGGGAUUUCAGCACCCCCCAAUCCCAAAAAUCAAAGUUUUCAGUGCCGAGGGAACGGGGACAAACUCAGCAUCCAAAGAGAAGCCGGGGGCUGCCUCAAACCCCCCUGAGCUGCGGGGAAAAAACGGAAAUAAAACUCCAAAACCACCAAAAAACAACCCCAAAGCCAGGAGGGCAACCCAAAGCCAAAGCCAGAGCUCGUUUCGUGUUGUACCAAGCGCGUGUGUUGCUCCACUCCCCACUCUGUAAUUCCAGGGCCGAUUUCGUAGGAAUAGAAGGAUUUGGGGGGGGGUCUGGGGGCAGCAUGA